AUGAAUGACGUCAAGGACCUUGCUGAAUGUAUUCAAAAUAUAGGGGUGAAUGAAUUGCCUUGGAAGGGAGCAUAUUAUACUUGGACCAAUAAGCAGCAUGGGGUAGAUAGAAUCUCAAGUAAAAUUGAUAGAGCUUUUGGUAAUUAUGAGUGGAUGAUGCAAUGGGGACAUGUUUCUACUGAAUAUGAGAAGCCUGGAAUAUCAGAUCACUGUCCUAUGCUACUUACUCUGCAAGAAAAUCAACAGGAGGUCGGGGGGAACUUCAAAUUUUUUAAUGUGUGGACUCAACAUGAUUCCUUUAUGCAUAGAGUUGAGGACACAUGGAAGCAGUGGUAUAGGGGGGAUAAUAUGGAGCAGGUGUGGAAAAAGCUGAAAGCACUACAAUCAAAACUGAGGAAGCUUAAUAAUUGUGAAUUCAAGUUUAUUAGCCAGAAGAUUGAAAAGACUAGGGAUGACCUUGCUAGAAUUCAAGAGAGUAUCAACAACCAAGUCACUGAUGCAUUGAUUGAUCAGGAAAAGGAGAAAUCAAGAGCAAAAUGGAUACAACUUGGGGAUGCCAACAACAAAUAUUUCAGUGCCCUGAUCAAAGAGAGGACUCAACAGAAGCAAAUUAGAGGUAUAACAGCAUUAUCAGGCCAGGUAUUAUAUGAGGCUACAGAUAUCCAAAAUGAGUUUGUGCAGUUUUAUAAAGGAUUAAUGGGAUCUUCAGCAAAUACUCUACCAGCUAUAGAUAUUCAGAUAAUGAGAAGAGGGCCUAUUCUAUCUAGACAACAAAGGAUUAGUCUGUGA